AUGAGGGAAAAUGAUCAAGGUAGCUCAGGAUCUCUGCCUCCUCCAUGUCACUACAACUUCAACGAUUCCCUCACCAAGGUGUCUACCAAGGGUAUAACAUCUUGCUUCAAGUCAAAGACCUCCCACCUGACAAGGACAGACAGAAUUACUGCAGAGCCCACAGUCUAUCAGCCACAUAAACCCACCAGGGAAGCAAAGAAAAUUCCUUUCAAGGGAGUGUGGGCUGAUAAUAUCCUGGAGCAGUGUAUCAGAGAAGAAAUUCUGCUUGACACUGCUCCAGCAAUCCCACCUUGUAAAGAUUCACCUGGGCCUGGGCAGUACAACCUCGUGGAUUACAGAGGAUGUCCAAAGCAAAACUGCUCAAGUGCUGUGUUUGUCUCAAACACAGAGCGAUGGAUGGGGAGUGGAUCACAGGAAGGGUUCCCUGGACCAGGUGCUUAUUCACCCAGAGCACUUGGGAAGUAUUCCUUCAUCUACAACUAUGAUCAGAAGUGGGUCCCAGUGCUGUGAGCAGCAGAACCCAGACACCAGAGCAAAGUUCCUCAAACAGGACUUCUUUCAAACUCUGC